ACAAUUUGUCUGUCAAACCUUGUAGGGUUAUACUAUAAGCAGCUGACUAAUGUCGUCUCUGUGGCGCAAUCGGUUAGCGCGUUCGGCUGUUAACCGAAAGGUUGGUGGUUCGAGCCCACCCAGGGACGACCACAGCGACUUUUUCAUUCCCUAAUACUGAAUAAAGUGGAAGUUCUUUAUUUUGUCGCUGUUUCCUGUUUGUCACAGGACGACCGUGGCGCACUCUGCGCGGACGCGACCACAGGUAUAAAGCGGGUCAGAACCACUCGGCUUGUGGUGCGGGUUUCCGCUGGUGUCUAUUUGGGCGUUGGACUAGAACCGGAACUCUUUGGAGGACGGACCGCAGAGGUUGUCUGAAGGCCGAGGCCAAGAUGGCGGCGCUGGCGGCUCCUGGCCUGCUCUCUGUACGGAUCCUGGGUCUGCGCACACAGUCUGCUGUGUCCAAGGCUGGAGCUGGAGCCGUGGUCCCCAAGCUCUCUCAUCUUCCCCGAAGCCGGGCUGAGUAUGUGGUGACCAAGCUGGAUGACCUCAUCAACUGGGCACGCCGGAGCUCCCUGUGGCCUAUGACCUUCGGCCUGGCGUGCUGUGCCGUGGAGAUGAUGCACAUGGCUGCGCCGCGCUAUGACAUGGACCGCUUCGGUGUGGUGUUCCGUGCCAGUCCGCGCCAGGCUGAUGUGAUGAUUGUAGCUGGCACGCUUACCAACAAGAUGGCCCCCGCGCUCCGAAAGGUGUACGACCAGAUGCCCGAACCCCGCUAUGUGGUGUCCAUGGGGAGCUGUGCCAAUGGCGGUGGCUACUACCACUACUCCUACUCGGUUGUUCGUGGCUGUGACCGCAUUGUGCCAGUGGACAUCUAUGUGCCAGGCUGCCCGCCCACGGCCGAAGCACUCCUUUAUGGCAUCUUGCAGCUGCAACGGAAGAUCAAGCGUGAACAGAAGCUGAAGAUCUGGUACCGCAGGUAGAGCUGCCAGGCUGAGCACGAUAAUCCCAGAAUCCCUUGUGAAUAAACCCAUCCUGAUCCA